GUGCACUCUGGUGGUUCUUGCAUUGGUGUCACUGCUUCUUCACAGUCCGACUGUUGCAUUGUUCCUCACGGAGGAUUCAGUGGGGAAACACCUGAAACCGCGUUAAUCCCCGGUGGAUGUAUGUUAAUGGACUCGGAUGGAUUUUCUUCUCAAAAAAGUUUCAUGGACUGGAGGAAGAGUCGCUACUCCGUGAAAAAACACAACUUUGUGGACAGUUGGGAUACAUCUUUUUUUUGAAGAACAUGCUCCUGUUGCCCACACCAGAAGAUCUUCCACCAACAAUCACGUCUGGUUCAUCCCGUGUGCAAAUAUGGAAAGCCACUGCGGCCUUUUGAAAACUUUUGAAGACUCCCAAGCUGUGAAAUGUAAGCAGUACCUGUGAAGUAAAGAUUACCCUUUCACUUAUUAAGCAGAUUUAUGAUGCUGGUAAGAAGCCGUUUUGUUAAAUUUGAUAUAAAAAAAAACAUCGUCAGCUGAUUAUAAUGGAUGGAAACCUGAGCGGUUCAGCAUUCGAUGUGAUCAACAGAACGGACCCCUAUCACGUGGCUGAAGGACCCCGGAGUCUGAUCAUACUGGUCGUCAUCAUACUGACUAUAGUGGUGGGAAACCUGCUGGUCAUCGUCGCUGUAGCUCGCACUUCACAGCUCCAAACAACCACAAACAUCUUCAUUAUGUCCCUGGCGUGCGCAGACCUUAUCAUGGGGGUCCUCGUGGUGCCUCUGGGAGCCACCAUCGUGGUCACCGGCGACUGGCAGCUCAGUGACACGUUCUGUGAGAUCUGGACUUCCGUGGACGUCCUGUGCGUGACGGCGAGUAUCGAGACGCUGUGCAUCAUAGCAGUGGAUCGGUAUAUAGCCAUUACGAGGCCGUUCCGGCACAAGGUCCUGCUCAACAAGUGGCGUGCGAGGGGAAUAGUCUGCUUAGUGUGGGUGGUCUCCGCUUUAAUUUCAUUUGUGCCAAUCAUGAAAGGGUAUUGGCGCGAUAAUGACAAUGACGCAGCAAAGAAGUGCUACGAGACCCCUACGUGCUGUGACUUUGUCACCAACAGGGCCUUUGCUAUUAUAUCUUCCAUAGUGUCUUUUUACAUCCCACUGCUCAUAAUGAUAUUCGUUUAUGCUAGAGUCUUUAUAAUAGCCACGCGGCAGGUCCAGCUCAUAGAUAAGAACCGCAUGCGUUUUCAGAAUGAAUUCCAAAUAGCGGCGGUGCAAGUUGAGCCCCACAGGAAUAAUACCCCGUCCACGACGUGUUCCGCCCCCAUCAGCUGCAGCAGCGCAGCGCGGAGAAAGAGCGUCAAGCGGAGGCCCUCGCGGCUGAUGCUGGUCAAGGAGCACAAGGCCCUGAAGACUUUGGGGAUCAUCAUGGGGACCUUCACCGUGUGUUGGCUGCCGUUCUUCGUCGCCAACAUCAUCAACGCAUUCGAAAGAGACAUUCCCUCGGUGAGGAUGUUCAGACUGUUAAACUGGCUGGGCUACAUCAACUCCGGCCUCAAUCCCAUCAUCUACUGCAGGAGUCCCGAGUUUCGUGCUGCGUUCAAGAACCUGCUGGGCUGUCCGUGGUGGUCCAGCCUGUGGCUCGAGGCUUUCUAUAAAGAGCUGCGGACUCGCUGCUCCUGCUUUCUGUGGCAGGGUGAGUCGGGCAGCGCAGCCGGGUCUUUCCAGAAGCCUCCGAGCGGGAACACUGAGGUCAGCGAGAGUCCGGCCAGUAGUCACGGAAGCAGCAGAAGUGAGGACGCUUUCCCCGAUCCUCUGCAGUCCAACGGCAGCACACAAAUCAGUGAAUUAACUGAGCCAGAAAACAAAUUUCUCCUCGAGGGUUUUGGCCACCUGCAUCACCAGAAAUCUGAUGUCAGCCGCUGGUGGCUCCCUGUUUCUGCCGCGUCCAGCUUCACAUUGCAGGAAAGGAACGGAUGAACUGUAAAAUGCCAAGCUACUGAAGCAAACUAUGAGAGACCAAACAGCAGCGGGGACAAGCUGAAGAACAAACACCGGCCCUAAUAAAGGCAGCUGAGUGAAGCUGACCCCAAAGAGAGGCCUGCACUGACAGCAGAGAACACUGGAUGGACUGCUCCACGUCAGCACCUCACCGACGUUAAGUGACACCAAAGACCACGUGGAAUGUUAACGUGGGGGGUCACAGGGCCUUUGAUUUUUUUUUUUUUAAGUGACAGAAUAAACCAGUAUAUUGUCGGCGAAGCAAUAUAUAUUUAUUAUACAUUCGAUAUUUAGGAAGAUACAGUGAUGAUUCUGGCAAGGCUGUCAUCACCGUCUGUGGAAUAUGUGCUAAACUAAAGGGCUGUGCAUUCAAAUAUUUAAUUCUGGUGUCUGUUUAAGUCUUUCUGUUUUGAGCAUCAACUCUGUGCUGACACGGCACUUGUCUUUGAUGGGAAAAUGUUCAUUUCUGAUUGCUGGCUGUUAAAAUCUUGUAUCAGGAAAACUCCAACAUAUUCCUGUCAUUAUCAGUAUUCAGUGUGUUACAGUAU